UGGAGCAAGCCAGCUUUAACCUUAACACAUCCAAAGCACACGCGAUGAGCCGGUUUUGGUGCUGAAAAAGGUAAAAUACUGGAGAUAGUGAGAGACUCGAUGAGAAGAGUGUUGGAGCGCGAGUGAGCUGCCCGAGACUGUCCAAAGGGGCAGCGUUUCUCCAUCUAGUUCCGGUUUGUCUGUCUGCGCUGUGUGCCGCUGGGAACCUAAACAAAAGGCUGCCACGAUCCGAAAGGGGGAUAUUCUACAACGAAGACUCGUUUUCUGUUGCUUAAUGAAAACUAAAAAUGAGCUCAUAUUUUGUUAAUCCUCUUUUCUCCAAAUACAAAGGCGGCGAAUCACUGGAGCCAACUUACUACGACUGCAGGUUUCCACAAAGCGUUGCGCGUAGCCACACGUUGGUCUACGGACCCGGGGCAGCUGCAUCAGGCUUUCAACACCCGUCCCAUCAUGUCCAGGACUUUUUCCACCAUGGGACUACGGGAAUCAGCAACCCUGGAUACCAACAGAACCCCUGUGCAUUGGCUUGCCAUGGAGACGCAACAAAAUUUUAUGGAUAUGAAGCUCUUCCGAGGCAACCGCUUUAUGGUACCCAGCAAGAGGCAAGCCUCGCGCAAUACCCAGACUGUAAAUCCUCUAACGGCUCUAACCCCGGAGAAGGACAGGGCCACUUAAAUCAGAACUCGUCUCCCAGUCUUAUGUUUCCUUGGAUGAGACCCCACGCACCAGGGAGGCGAAAUGGAAGGCAAACCUACAGUCGCUACCAAACUCUUGAACUGGAGAAGGAGUUUCUCUUCAACCCUUACCUUACACGCAAGCGGCGGAUCGAAGUGUCCCACGCCCUGAGUCUUACCGAGAGGCAGGUCAAGAUAUGGUUUCAAAAUCGGCGAAUGAAGUGGAAAAAAGAAAACAACAAAGACAAGUUUCCCGGCCAAAGAGGAGAGGCGGAGGCUGAGGCCGAGGAAGAGGGCAAUGAGGACGGUGAAGGGGACGAAGGGGAAGAGAAAGAAGUAGAAGAGAAAGAGAAAGAGAAAGACGAGGCCAAGGAGUGAUUUUAUGGUCUUUUUAUGGUUAUAUGGCAGAAAAAGAGGUCCCAUAUAGACGAUGAGUGGAGAGGGAGACAGAGAGCGUCAACUUUAUGGCCACUGUUUUAUUAGUCAACGAGGAAAGGGAAAAAAGAUCCCAGAUAUUGCUGUCAUAAUCAUUUCACACCUUUCACGAUGCUUUAUUGGACACAGAUUUGUUAUUUUGUAGUUCUCGAACUUUUCCUUACAAAAAUAUAUAUUCGCUAAUAUUACAUUUAGUAAAGGUAAAGGUCAGACAUGGUUAAUAUCUGUAUGGGUUAAACUAAAACGCAUGUUUAACAGAGUAGGCUAGGCUACUUUUAGAAUCAUCCUUUUUUGUUUCAUCAGACUUGAUGUAGGCACCUAACAAACGCAACCAGACAGCAAGGUCCAACAAAAAAAUCUAUCAACUUCAACCUAAGCUUGUAAAUAGAAACCUCAUUCACAACAGACAUAUUUGAAAUACUAGUGAUGUAAAACAAACGAAUUGUAAAACAAACGAAUUGUAAUUAAAACCAUGUUCAAUGUCAUGACAGCAGUUUGACUUCCAAGGGAAAUAAUAUUGAUUAGAAGGCCCACAUGUAAACACGUUACUAUUUUAUUUUUUAUUUUUUUAUUGUGUUUGUAUUAUACUUCAUUGUCAUUUGUGGUGAAUGGCCAAGCCAAUAAUACUUAGCUCUUAUUUCCGAUGUUUCGUUAGGAUUACCAGGGACAUGCAAUCGUUUAAAAUCCUUAAGAUGCUACCUAAACCUGGGGAAAUUGCAAUAGAGAUUUCUAAAUUGAGAUUUCAUACGAUAUUGUUUUUAUAGUGUUAAAUCACACAUUAUAUGAUUAAAUUAUGUAUUAUUUACCCAAUGUAUACAUAUCCUUGUUUAGGAAAAAUUGUGAGUCCAAGGAAGACACAGCUCAAAGCCAAGUAACGAUUUGGCGUUCAAGGCGGCACUACCUAAAAAAACAGAGCUUUGUCUUUACCGAACGUGUAUUCUAUAAUAAUGGCACUGCUAUGAACAGAUGAAAACCUAUAUUUCCCCCAACAACUAAAACUGCCUAUAGAAAACGCACAUUACUGUGUAUUAUAAUAAAACCUGCUACAACUACAAGGAUUUUAAGAUUUAAUGAGUUUAUUUUAAUGUGCUGGUAAUAAUAUCGUAGUUUUUUGCACGGAAUAUAAUCUUUAUGUACGUCUUGUUAUAUUCUGGAUGUUAACAGUAUGCUUGUUUGCCGGUGUUUCUCAUGUGAAAGACGAAAUUGUGUCCCCGCCAUUGUUGUUGACGUUAAAAGACAAAUAAA